GCGGCGGGCGGGACGCGGCCGGGGCAUGGAGCGGUGGGUCGCGGCCGCCGGGGACUGGGGCUCCCUGUGGGGAGCCGGCUGGGGCAGCUGGCCGGGCUGGGAGCUCUUGGCCGCCUGCGCGGUCAUCGGCGCCGUGGGCUGGCUGCUGCGGCGGCUGGAGCGGAGGCCGGGCGGCCGCGGGGCGCCGGGGGCGGCCAUCUCUGCCCCGGCGCCGCUCUCCUCGGCCCCGCUCCCCGCGGGGAGCCGGCGCUGCAGCGGGAGCCGCCCAGGUGAAGUAACAAUGGAUGCAAUAUUAUCCCGACUGAAGCAGCUCAGCCCUGAUGAGCUCAGAGAAGAAAUUAUAAGAGCAGGACUGAAAUGUGGGCCCAUUACCUCAACAACUAGGUUUAUUUUUGAAAAAAAACUGGCUCAAGCAUUGUUGGAGCAGCAGGGAUCACUGAGGGAGAAAGGAUCUGCUCUAUCAGAGGAGGCUGCUGGAAAUGUCCCAUCCAAUGGUGGCCGGGCAGGAGCACUGAAGACUUUGAAUCACAACGUUCAUGGAAGUGUUUCUGAGGAGGCAGAUUUUGGGUACUGUGUAGGUGUGAACCCUCCAGAAGAAGAUGCUGUGAUGCACAUGAACUGCUCAGCUCCAGUCUGUGGAGCAGGAUGUGCGGACCCACAAAGUAGUACUCAGACACUGUCCAGAGAUCCUCCGCUGUUCUAUGGUGUGUGUCCAGUUUAUGAUGACAUAUUGGCAAGGAAUGAGAAAAUACAUGUUUAUGAAGAUAAAAAGGAAGCUCUCCAAGCUGUUAAGAUGAUAAAGGGUUCCCGUUUUAAAGCUUUUUCAAACAGAGAGGAUGCUGAGAAAUUUGCUAAAGGAAUCUGUGAUUAUUUCCCAUCUCCAAGCAAGUCCUCUCUGUGUUUGUCUCCAGUGAAAAUGGGAUCAUUUAACAGAGAUGGCUUGUGCUCCCCUGAGACUGAAACUGCUAAUAAGGAGAGAGCCAACAGUUACAAAAGUCCACGUACUCAGGAUCUUACUGCUAAACUUCGGAAAGCUGUUGAGAAAGGAGACAUAGCAACAUUUUCAGAACUUAUUUGGAGCAACCCUCGCUAUCUGAUUGGGUCGGGAGACAAUCCAACAGUUGUACAGGAAGGGUGUAGGUACAAUGUCAUGCAUGUGGCUGCCAAGGAGAACCAACCUGGUAUCUGCCAGUUAUUACUGGACACUUUGGAAAAUCCUGAAUUUAUGCGGCUUAUGUACCCAGAUGAUAAUGAUGUGAUGUUGAAGAAUCGCAUCCAAUAUAUUGUUGACCUUUACCUUAACACACCAGAUAAAGCUGGAUUUGAUACUCCUUUGCAUUUUGCCUGCAAGUUUGGGAAUUUGGAAGUUGUUAAUGUGCUUACCUCACACCCAGCUAUUGUAAAAAAUCCAAGAAACAAAUAUGAUCAAACUCCAGCAGAAGUAGUUUGUGAAAGAAGCAAGAAUAAAUCUGCUGAAUUGAAAGAAAAACUGAGAGAGUACUUGAAAGGUCGAUACUAUGUACCACUCUUGAGAGCAGAAGACAAUUCCUCAGCUCCUGUUAUUGGUGCCCCAUGGUCACCAGAUCAGACAGAUGAUAGCCCCCAAAGGACUUUAUCUCAGUACACUGGCAGCCCCAAAGAUCCAGUGUUGUCCAUAAGAGCUUUUGCUGGCCCCAUGAGCCCCUCAAAGGCUGAAGAAUUUCGCAGGCUUUGGAAGACUCCACCUCGAGAGAGAGCUGGCUUCUUCCACAAUGUCAGGAAGUCUGAUCUGGAGAGAGGGGUUGAAAGAGUUGGAAGGGAGUUAGCUCAUGAACUGGGGUUCCCGUGGGUUGAAUACUGGGAAUUUCUGGGCUGUUUUGUUGAUCUGUCUUCCCAGGAGGGGCUGCGAAAAUUAGAAGAGUACCUGAGUCAUCAGGAAAUGAGCAAAAAGGCUCAGCAAGAAACAGGGGAAAAUGAAACCUGCAAUAGAUACAAAACUCCACAUCCUUCUGGCAAGAGUAAAAAGUCCUGCAAUUCUAUUUCUGUUGGAGCAUUUUUGGAUGAGGAUGAUGAUGACAUGAGCUUAGAGGAAAUUAAAAACAGACAAAAUGCAGCACGGAAUAUCAGCCCACCAGCUGUGUCCAAAGAGCCCAACAUUGAUGCCAUUGGAGAUGCUGAGUGUGAUAUCCUGUCCAUGGAGUGCACAGUAAACAGGAUAGAAGCAUCAGGUCACCCCAGGCACUGUGAAAAGGCAGGUUCUUCCAGCAAAAACGGAUUUUGUAACUCUGUGUCCAGUGAGAGGAUCCUGAGGGACAGAAAGCAUUUGCAUGAGGGAGGAGUGUCGCCUGUUUGCAAUUUGAUGUCAGAAUUUGAAAGCCUGUCUUUCCAAGAACAAGGGGUUGCAGGAGGAUCAAGUAAAAUCACUGAAAAAACUGACAAUGAGAGAAUUCUGGCUGAAGGAACAAGUCAGGUGAGAAUAUCCAAGGACCAUCUGGAUAAGACCUGCUAUGCAGUUUCACCAGCAAGUUCUUCUGAGCCAAGUGUUACAGCUAAACCUGGAGAGACCAAGUUAAGGACAGAACACAAAAUAACAACAAAAAAGGAAAGACUAUCCAUGGAACCUGGAAUUCAGACCAAGGAGGCACAACAACGUCAAGAUCUUUCUUCACAGAAAUUUCUUCUGAAGGCUUCACCCACAAAUGACAGUUCUAUGAAGUUAUUCCUGCUUGGGGAGCAGCCCUCAAAGCUGGACAGUGAUGUGUUGGCAGCUAUAGAGGCAGCAGAGAUUGAUCCACAGAAACACCCGCUCAUUUCCAGAUGGAAACAUGCAGUGCAGUCCUACUCUUCAGCUGACAGGCAAAGUUGGCCAAGUCCAGCACUGAAGGCAAGAUUCAAGUCCCAAACCACUGCCACUGGCCUUCCAAAUGCUUCAGCCUAUUCUAAUUCAGGAAGAAAUAGUCCCAUACCAGGAAGUCCAGGAAAAUACAGCAAUUCUGCCUCCUUCUCUGCAGACCCUGGGAGUCCUGGACGCUACAGCCCAGCUUGUGUCAACCACGCCCUGUUAAAGCUGCGUUACUUUUCAGAGUCUCCUGCUCACUAAGAUAUGGUUCAUCUUCCCAGGACUUCAAUUAUAUUGGUUAGAGUGGAGGAAUAACCAACAAUGUUACUGAAGUGACAUGAGGUUUGUACUUGGCUAUUUAUUUUUCCUCAAUGGAGGACAACUGUAUGUUAAAAAAAAAAAAAGAAUAUAUGUCUUAAUGCCAUAUAUGAGAUAGAUGACUGGUGAUGUGCAAGAAGUUAGUGGCAGUCAGUGCAGUUGUCUAGUAGCUUGAAUUAAUCCUCGUUGCCAGUAAAGCAGUGAGCUGAACCUUUACUUAGAAACUGAGGUAUUUCACUGUCAGCACUUGUCAUCGCUGCAAUGAAGCUGUUAGCCCUCAACUGCAGUUCUUUUGCUGGGAUAGUCUAGAGGAAGCACAUCCUCAGUAAGCAGGAAUCUUAAGAGGAAACAAUGCACAAACACACACACAGACACACACACGUACCUGUGUGGAUGUAUGCACACUGUUACACAGAAAACCUUCAGUCUUUGCUUCUUCUGAGGCUGUUAAAAACCCCGUGACAUACUGAGUGUUUUAGUAAAGGGGCACUAUAGAAGUUACUGGUAUUCCUGUAAAUGUUAGUUUGAAGAUUUAAAAAAGAAAUAAUUUAAAAUUAGCUGUUUAUUCCCCACAGAAGCUUUUAACCUGAGCAAAUUUUAAUAGUUAUGACACAAAAGCACAUCAGCAAUAAUUUCAGCAAAUCUACCAGCAAGAUACCUUAACGGUUUAGUUUGUAAUAUAUAGAGUGGUAGCCAGUGACCUGUGAUGUGGCUCCUUAUUUCCCAACUGUAGAGACAGGAUUAAGGACUAAAAAUAUUUUUAUUGAAAUCUAAGCUUUUACUAUGUCUCUAGUCUUGCUGUAGUAAUGAGUUUCUGUUACAGCAAUCAAUAACUUCACUUUACCCUCUGCAAGAAUGAUUUGUUUUGACAGGAGGCUGCCAAGGCUGAGGAAUGCUUUUCAAAACCCAAGACAGGUUUCCUUACUGAGCUUAAUGGCUGUCAUGGUGCUUGCAGGAAGGCUUCCAGAAACAGCCCUGGUGUCAAACAGCUCUCUAGGUAAAAAAAAAAAAAGCCUGCCUAUCAUUGCAGUGUGAAUCUGAUCAGAAAAGUAAAAAUCUGGUAAGACUGGUGAGAAGGGAUGGGUUUGGAUUCACUGGUGCCACACAGUGAGGGGGAACCCAUGGAACCACCACCUUGGGCACCUGCCAGCCAAAGCACCGGGCUGGAGGCCCCCCCCGUGGGUAGGACCGGGCCCUGUGGGCACAGCGGGUCCAUGUGCCAGGGCUGGAUCCCACAGCCGGGCGGGAUGGGGGCGGCCCCGCGCUGCAGUGACUGCACCAGCCGGCAGGGGGCUCCUGUGGGACAGACCUCCCCCCCAAAAAAAAGAAAAGCACUUAAUGCUUUUGCAAGCUUGAUAGUGCCUUUUGUAAUAUAUUUUUUUAGUUAGACUAAUUUAGAAGUUAUACAACAAAAAAAAGUGGCAUCCACUUAGUAUGGACACACAGAGCUUUUCUUCCGGGCUUUGUGAAGGUGUUUCAUGUCUCUCCACGUGAGGAUCUGGUGCAGUAGCUCUGCUCCCUGCUGGGGGGAACUUUCCUAUUUUAAAAAUUAUUUUUUAAAAAACAGCCAUAUUUUGCCCUUAACUUUAGGCUGUGAAUUUUAUUUAACAGACAUAAAAAAAAAACCACAAACACCAACAAAAAGCCCACACCCAUGACCUGCUGCUUUACCAGGAAUAUGAACUGACUUUCUCAUAAGAUUUUAUUUCCUUUUUCAGUCUGGUUUUUGGAUGCCACGUUCUCUGCUGUUGCAACCUUUUUUUUAGAGCCCAAAUUCCUACAGUUUUACUUAAAAGAGAUUGGGGGUUUUAUUGUUGUUUGAUUUUAGGUUUUGUUUUGUGUUUUUUUUAAUAAUUUAAUAUAAAUUAUGUCUUUGUCAUUCUGGAGAAAUUACUCAGGUGAUGAGUAAUUGCCCAAUACCAUGUUAAAGCCAAACUCACGUGAGUCGCUGCCUGUGCAGCUGCCAUUCUCCAUCCUCAUCCUUCUUGAGCUGUCGCCCAGUGAUGUUUCUCUUUUGAUAGGUUUGUUACAGAGCCAGAAGACUUAACACUUUUGUCCUUUUUACCUUUAUUAUGCUUUGCUUUUUUAAAAUAUGUAAAUGUAUACUACUGGUAUGUACAUGUAGACAGACACCAACACACCCUUGCCUCUCACCUUAUAAUUCUGUUUUGCUUCAGUCGAGAGUGUUUGUUUCACCUGUGCUACACACUGUGCAUUAGCCAGUUGUGCUGCAGCUGAAGAGUUCCUUUUUCUAACAAUAUAUUUACUUCAGCUAUUUAAAAAAAAAAGUAGCAAUCUUAUGUAGCGAUUUGAUGAUUCACAAUUGUCAAGACAGCUCUUCUGCACUGAGCCUGUGGAGACACUGUAACUCAGAUGGCUGUUGCUUGAACUGUGUGUCCUUGGUCAAAAGUUCACUUUUCAAGGUGCAAAAGAUUAGUUGUGGGGUUUAGUUUUGUUUUGUUUUUGUUGUGGUUUUUUUUUUUAAUUAGCCAACUGUCAUGUCAAUACACAGUUCCUUCACUUUCUAUUAAAAAAUAAAUGAGUAGCUGGA